ACCAAUGCGCAUGCGUGGCUCUCCGGCACCGGUCCGUAUUCCAGUGUGGUGAAGAUCUCGCAGGCGCGGGAUCCUGCGCGCGUCGCAGCCAUCACGCUCCCAGGCCGCUUUCCACGGACUACGGGACUCUCUCCCCAAGGGUACCUCGAGGUCUGAAGGGCGGCACCGCCCCCUCCAGCCCAAAGGGCGAGGUACGGGAGAUAGAGCGUAACCCCGCCUUAGGACCCGGUGACUCCGCUUAUAGGGCCAUGGCCGACUUGAAGCUGCUGGUACCGGAGCUAAACGAGGCAGAGACGAUGAGCGCUGAGACGGCGCGUUUCGAGGAGCUGCUGCUGCAGGCCUCCAAGGAGCUCCAGCAAGCCCAGACAAGCAGACCAGAAUCUACACAGAUACAACCUCAACCUGGUUUCUGCAUAAAGACCAACUCAUCUGAAGGGAAGGUUUUCAUCAACAUUUGUCACUCUCCCUCCAUCCCUCCUCCCGCUGACUUGACCGAGGAUGAGCUGCUUCAAAUGCUGGAGGAGGACCAAGCCGGGUUUCGCAUCCCCAUGAGUCUGGGAGAGCCGCAUGCCGAACUGGAUGCAAAAGGCCAGGGUUGUACCGCCUACGACGUAGCUGUCAACAGCGACUUCUACCGGAGGAUGCAGAACAGCGAUUUCUUGCGGGAGCUCGUGAUCACCAUUGCCAGGGAGGGCCUUGAGGACAAAUACAGCCUGCCACUAAAUCCAGAGUGGCGUAUAUUGAAGAACAGACCUUUCCUGGGCUCUAUCUCCCAGCAGAAUAUCCGCCCCCAGCAGCGUCCUCGGAUCCAGGAGCUGGGGAACCUGUACAUGCCCGACUCCCUGAGACCUGAGAAAGGCCCUGAGAAGCCUCACCUGAACCUUUGGCUGGAGGCCCCUGACCUCCUCUUGGCCGAAAUUGACCUCCCCAAACUGGAAGGCGCUCUGGGACUGUCGCUGGAGAUCGGGGAGAAUCGCCUGGUGAUGGGGGGCCCCCAGCAGCUGUACCAUCUGGAUGCCUACAUUCCCCUGCGAAUCAACUGUGAUGAGAGCAAGGCAGCCUUCCAUCAGAAGAGAAAGCAAUUGAUGGUGGCGAUGCCCCUUCUGUCGGUGCCUUCUUGACUGGGUGUCUCCCUGUGCUUCUACAUGGAGGGAAGAGGAUGGUGGCUUCCCUAAAAUUGAAAUAAAAGAUUUUUGCCUUUGU